AAACACCCAGACCCGAUGGGCUCCCACCGGCUCGCCGCACGCCCGCGCUGGCUUCCUGCAGCUUUAAAGUUCCCUCUACACCCAAAGGAAAAGAGGGAGGAGAAAGGGUUUCAUCAUCGCUCCCGAGUGUGGACUUAUAAAAACUUUGUGCUCACGCUGCCUGGCUCACUCAUCGGCUCACCGUUUUCGGAGCAGGACGGGCCAGAGCCCUCACGAGCGUAUCUGUUGGGGUGCACCAUGGGGGUCCAUCCCGAAGCUGCCAAGUCCCCAGUGGAUGUCCCCAAAAGCUCCAGCACCUGCUCCCGUGGUAUCUUCUGCAACAUCAAGGUUUUUGUGCUGUGCCAUGGCCUCCUCCAGCUGUCCCAGCUCCUCUACAGCGCCAACUUCAAGAGCAGCCUCACCACCAUCGAGAAGCGCUUCGGGCUCUCCAGUCUCUCAUCGGGUUUCAUCUCCAGCUUACAUGAGAUUGGCAAUGUGGUCCUCAUCAUCUUUGUCAGCUAUUUUGGUAGCCGAGUGCACCGUCCGCGGGUGAUUGGAGCUGGGGGGCUGCUGCUGGCACUGGGAGCCUUCCUGGUGACCCUGCCCCACUUCCUCUCAGACCCCUACAAAUACACCACACAUAGUGUUGGUAACAAGAGCCAGAUCCAGGCUGAGCUUUGUUACGCAGAGAACAAGUUUGUGUGCCCGAAUGCCACCCAGGACCCUCAGAAGGAGGCCAGCAGCAUGUGGGCAAUGAUGGUCAUCGCUCAGCUCUUGGCUGGAAUUGGGACAGUUCCCAUUCAGCCCUUUGGGAUCUCCUAUGUGGAUGACUUUGCAGAAGCAAACAAUUCUCCGCUGUAUGUUGCCAUCCUCUUUGCCAUCGCAGUGUUUGGCCCCGCGUUUGGGUACCUGCUGGGCUCUGUGGUGCUGCGGCUCUUCGUGGACAUUGGCAGAGUUGACAUGGCAACAGUGACCCUGACCUCGCAGGACCAGCGAUGGAUUGGAGCCUGGUGGCUGGGGCUGCUGAUCUCCUCCGGGUGCUUGGUGCUCACGUCCAUUCCUUACUUCUUUUUCCCUCGGUACAUGCUGAAGGGAAAGGACCCAAGCUCAGAGGAUGGCAUGCUGAGGAAGAUGGAGAAGAGGGAAUUUGAAGAAACCUCCCUGCUGGAAUUUAUCAAAAGAUUCCCGAAGAUCUUCCUCAAGCUGCUCCUCAACCCCCUGUUUAUCCUCCUGGUGCUUGCUCAGUGCAGCUUCUCCUCUGUCAUUGCGGGUCUCUCCACCUUUCUCAACAAGUUCCUGGAGAAGCAGUACGGUGCUACCUCCUCUUACGCCAACUUUCUCAUCGGAGCCGUCAACCUGCCAGCAGCAGCACUUGGGAUGCUCUUAGGAGGAAUCAUCAUGAAACGCUUCGCCUUCUCCCUUCGGGCCAUCCCCCGGUUCUCUGUGGUGGUACUGGUUUUCUCCAUCCUCAUCUGCCUGCCCAUUUUCUUCAUGGGCUGCUCCACGGGACUCAUCGAUGGGAUCUACCCCUCCAGAACACAGAGUUCCCAGCCACAGGUUAAGGCACCGAGUGGGUGCCACUGCUCCCAGCACGUCUUUCACCCAGUGUGUGGAGAAAACAACGUGGAGUACAUCUCACCCUGCUUUGCUGGCUGCACCAACAGCAGCACUGACUCCUCAGCUCCCACACAGGUGAUCUACAGGAACUGUUCCCAGAUCUCUGCUGGUAGUGGGUUGUCCUCUGCCAAGACGGGCUCCUGUCCACUCAGCUGCUCCCACAUGCUCCUCCCUGUCAUCUUCCUCAUCUCCUUCGCUGCCCUGGUGGCCUGCUUGUGUCACAACCCCCUCUACAUGAUGGUGCUACGGGUGGUGAACCAGGAUGAGAAGUCAUUUGCCAUUGGCGUCCAAUUCUUGCUGAUGAGGUUGCUGGCCUGGCUGCCGGCUCCAGCCAUGUUUGGUGCCCUCAUCGACUCCUCCUGCAUCUACUGGCAGAAACAGUGCUCACAGCGUCGCUUCUGUGCCUACUACAACAACGACUUCCUUCGCAACAGAUACCUGGGGCUGCAGGUGGGAUACAAAGUGGUGGGCACCAUCCUCCUUGCCCUCAUUGGCUGGAAGGUGAAGAGGAGCAAGGAGUACAACGUGCAGGAGAAAGCGGCCGGCCUGGUGUAACUGCACAAAGACUGACUGCACUUCGUUCCCCACCACCAGCACUUUGCCUUUUGGGGAGUUUGGUCGAUUUCUCAUUCUUUUGUAAUGGAGCAACUUCAACAUAGCAGCUCCUCACUCCUCUCAUGACAACCCAGCCUGGGGAGAGAGCAUCUUUGUGAUCCCUGCAAAGGACAAUCCCCACCGGUCCCAGCUUUGGAUGCAGCCCUGGACACAUUAGGGAUCAGCUCCUCCAGGUGGGUCAUCCAGGACUCACCCAUUGCUUUGCACUCCCAGGAAGCAGAUGGGGGCUGUGUUCCAGCCUGGACCCACGUACACAGAUGCAAGCAAUGGUCCUGCUCCACUGUGCCUUUUCCAGCCAGGUGUUGCCCUCCAGACAGGAUAGGAGCAAGCAAGAUUGCUGCCACGUCCUGGUGGCCUCCCUGUCUGCCCCUGCCCAUCCCUCUUGUACAGGUCAGCAUGGACAUGAAAAGUCAUCACUUGUGGUUUAGUACAGAACAUUUUGGAAAGGGUUUGACUGUUGUGUUUGUUUGCUUUUUUUUUUUAAAUAAAGGUCAAUUUUCCAUGUGGUGUAUCAGUCACCCCCACCCUGUUCAGAGCUAUCCCUAUGGGCAGGCACAGGGGAACAUCCCUGCCACAGUGAUGGGAUAGAACUGAGUUGGGGGAAUAGAGCUGGGUCUGGAGGGCUGAACUCGGCCUGGGUGAUGAAGGGAAGCUGCAAGAAGACAGGGGGGGGAGGGAUGGAGCCAUGCAGGGAAGCUCAGCAUGAGCCCUGUGACCCUAACACUGCUAAGCAGAGUCAACGCAGAGGGCAAUAGGGAAUGACCAAACCAAGACUUGAGAAGAAACAUUCUGUCAAAUGCUUUAUUACAGAAAUAUUUUUCUAAAAGAAUAACUUAAAACCAAACAGGGCCUCAUGCUACUUUAUCCCACCAGAUGGCGAUGCUCAGUCUCUGCUUUCAGAGAAGGAAGCAAGCAGAACUACCACUCAAGCAAACAGCAACAUUCUCCAGCAAAGGGAGUUGAAGCACAACAAACACACUUCAGCACUGCAUUGGCUGCAGCAAAUACCAAAAUGUAACACACUCCCUAAGUAUAAUCCUCCCCCCCUCCUAUGUGGAACAGCACGUCUCCCAGGUUAUCUUUAGAGCUCCACUAUGAGCACAGGUCUUUGCUCAAGCCUGUUUUUGUUCCUCCCAUCAAUACUAACAUUUGGCAAUACUACAAGGAGUCAGAGGAUGCCCAGAAAGAAAGGAAAAGAACAUAAAAAGGAAAAGAACAUAACAGA